CAACGGUGAUCACAUUGGCUUUACGAUUUGCUGAGCAUCGGGUCAACAUGUGGUUUCUCGCUUUAUUCGUCACUAUUCUCCCCUUUGCAUCACCAGCGUACUUUGACCAACAGACUGAAGACGCUCGUGAUUACCAAAGAAACUGCGCCACCCCAUUAAUGGAAGAAGUACGAUUCUGCGGUGAGCUGAGGAUAUGGCGCUACUUCUACAACAAAACAUCCAAUCGGUGCGAGAGAUUUUUCUGGGAUAACUGUCUCGACGAUGGCGUCCAUGUGACACGUAUCGAUUGCGCUAGAAAGUGCAAUCACGAUGAGCGGCCAGAGAUCUGCGCUCAGCGUCCUGCUGCUUCAUGCAAAGAAAAUCGUCGCCACUCAAAGUACCGUCCCCCAAUGGGGUAUUCUUACAAUAUCAGGACACUAGCGUGCGAGCAAUACCGAGCGUGCUGGAAUCUGGGAUAUCUGCUCAAGAAAAACUGGUUUCCUUCAAAAACGCUGUGUUUAAUGCAUUGCCGGGGCUUCACAAUGAACGGCAUCAUCACAAAUAAAGGACUUGAAGUCUAACGGAUUCAGAACACUCUCAGCUCAUCUUCAUGGACAUAACGGCGUUGAGGGCUAACCAUGAGCCAUAUGGUAACAAUAAUGUGAAAAGAAGAACGAAGUAAGCGCCUCAAUUGGUUCCCAUACCCUAAAAUAAUACCUAUAAUAUUUUAGACGAGAACUUACAUAAGCAAAAUUUAAAGAAACUAGGGAGCACCACUGUAUGUAUGAUUCUCUUAGGAAGCUCUCUGGGCGCCAAAUAGCUGAAUCAAGGUGCACCUCGAAGAACUUCGAAAAUGCGGCAUCUCGAAGUACCCUGAACACGUUCACGUGGUCAACCACCUAUAACUCGUCAGCUGAACAAGAGUUCCGCAACCUCUCGUUGCCAUCGGAGCAUCGACUCAAUAAAAAGUA